AUGAAGCUCUCGUUGAAUAAAGUCGUUAAUGGUGCCCGGCUUGGGGUCAUCAACAACUUGGGCAAGAAUGGGGACAAGAUCCUGGAGUUACCUGGUUGUCUUCUAUACACAAAGACAGGAUCUCCACCUCACCUCACACACGACACUCUGCAGACUAUCGAAGGCGUUCCACCUGUAGCUCACAUCACUCUUUCCAGUCUGUAAGUAAUAUGACGUUUCCGAACUUAAAUUAAUUCAAAACAAUAAUCUCUACAGAUUAAUGCUAUUUUCAGCAUAGUGAGAUAUUCUAUGUUUAUUGCACUUUUUAUAGAAAAUGCUUAAACUAUUUAAAGUUAAUCUGUUACCUCUCUCCCCUCCCCAAAAAUUUUAUUUUGAGUAUUUAAUAAAGAAAAUAUUUUUAUCAUAAACUCACAUUAAAUUUCACUGAAGUUCCAACGCAGUCAAAAUAUCUCAUGAGACAAAUUCUUUAUUAUUAUGUAUUUUCCCUCAACUUGACAAAAGGUGGAGCUACUACCAUGAUGUUGUGUCACUAGCUGUCGCUAAUAAUGGCUGGGGGGGGGUGUGGGGGUGUGGGGUGUGGUCUCACUGAUUGUGAGACCCUAUUUAUAGUGGAAAAACGAUUGUAUCUUGGUGAAUAUAAACAGAGAAAAGGGUGGGAACGCAGAUAAAAGUUAACUUUUUCUUACAAUCUGAUAGGACUACCUGUACAAAACGUAACAUAUAUACUUUUGUCUAAUUUCCCACAGCUUAGGGAGUGAUUAAAGUUAAUGCUAAAUGUAGGUGGUGGAUGGGAGCUUGUGGGGGGAUUGGGGCAGACUCUAAAUGAAAUGCUUCGUUCUCUGUGGGAGCUACGUUCAUGAUGGCAGAUACGGAUAAGUCGGGAAUGUGACACCUUACACAUUGCCUUACUAUUGUAACCGCGGCUGGUUCCCUUAUUUACCACUAUAACGUCUUAAAGCAUAGAACUUAGCAGGGCUAACCAUACAGAUAUCUUUAGCCAUAAUAUAUAGUUAGUAAGAGAUCCUCUAUUUAAAAUUAUAUAAAUAAUCGAGAAUACAGUAUAAAAUAAGGAUUGUCUUGGAAGCAAUAGUGUUUUGUCUUUUUAGAUAUUUAUUAAAUAAAAAUAUAAAUAUAGACAUAUAAAAUCCAUAUAGCAGAGUUUAUAAGAUUAAACUAAAUGCUUGCAAAUAUCAUUAAUAGGUUAACAUACCCUCCUGAACAUGUCAUCAUGUCAGCCUCUUUGUCAUUUUAAGAUGGAGCAGCGUCUGUCUCCAAGUCUCUCCUCUGUUUCUUAACAUUUAAAGUACACCUAUUUAUACCUUAGGUGUCUUCAUUUUAGGGUCACCGUAGUUCAUAUAUGAAAAAGUAACACUUCUUUUACUUUAUUCAUUUUAGGACCUCCCUUAAUUUGGCAAACAUACAAGGCCAUAACUAAAGGGUGUAUACGUCAUGGAAAUUUUCCUGACUUAGUUCAAGAUGGCAUCUUAAAGUCUGGACAUCCUUAUCUACUUAAGGUUACCACAGUAUAUUGUGUACUGAAAGAGUCGUAGUAUAGCCUUGAAGCUUGUUUAUGCAUUAUUGUUAUUGUAAUUCGUCUGGGACAAAAUGGCGCAAACAUAUUAUGCACUGAGGUUAUUGCUUAAAGAAACAGUUAUGAAAAACAAUAUGUUCCAUUUCUAACACCUUUCAGUUUGCAAUAUCUCUUAAAGACAAAGUACACAGUUUAAGAAAUACAACAUUUCAUUCUAAAACUUGUAAUAUUUGCAUUUGCCCAUAACACUUCCUUAGGUGGUAUUUCUCUCACAUAGAUCACUGACUGCACCACCAUAUAUCUUCCCCUAUUAUCAUGGUCAGACAGCCAGACUCAUUUGCAACACACGACUUGACAUAUCUAAGCCGGAUUGCAUGAGUGUAUGAAUAAGUACAUACAAGUCUAUGACCUCUGUGACAAAAGGGCUGGUACACAAAUCAUUGCUACUGACUUUCCUUUUAUUGCGUUGAUACUGCAUUAGGAGGCACUUGCUCUCACUCAAUGCAAACUCGUGGUUUACAUAUGUGCUGCUAAGUAGUGUCAUACAAACCACUUUACUGAAUUGGAGGGAAGAAUGGAUCAUAUCUGUGGAUAAGUUAUCCAUUGCUAACCCUUAUAUAGGCUGAGAUGUCCUCAUGCAAACUGACUGUUCUUAGUGUUAUUAAUGAAAUACGUGCAAUGGUCAGGUUCCUAUCGCUUGUUAGAUCCCAGUAUGGCAGCUGGUACUUCCCAAACCAGAGUCUCUACUAUCUGGCUGUAACUGGGUAUAGAUCAGGAAAGGGUACAGGGAAGCACCCCUUCUGGGUGUCCUCAAACUCGUAUGGUGAUGAGUCAGCAUGGAAAAUAUGAAAACAGAAUAUAGUGUAGUAUAAAUUGGAGAAAUGCCACUUACACAUUUCUGGAGCUUAUGUUCAGCUUCACAUAUAUGCGCCUGGGCGGUAUGAUCCCCGCCUGUGGAAAUGUCACUCCUCUUGGUUCCUUGUAGGUGGUAGAUCAAGGUCAAGCAUCAGAGUGUCGAGCGUUCACGGGUAUUUCCCUCCAAAUUGCAGUGUCACAGAUAUUGCUCCCUAUAGCAGCAGUGGGUUUUAGAAAUCGCUAUAAGGCAGUCUCAGAAAACGAGUGUGAACUCGGGAUGCUUUCAGCGCUAUGCAGUUUGCAGUAAUACAAAGUGCUUUUAAUGCCAAGACUGACCUUUUAAACUCAUUAUGAAGGUAUAGAUCUAGCUAAAUGUAAAUUGCAUUUGUGAGAAGGUAAGCGAUAAUUCCUGUAACUUGCUCUCUAAUGCUGCUCAAUGUGAAGUAAAUACAUUCUGGGAGAGCAGUGCGACUUUGUAUAUCUAGGGAAACCAACUAUACAUCAGAGAGGUAACACGUAUCUCAAUGUAAUGCAAAAAAAUAAGGUUUUAUGGGAUCAUAAAGACAAAAAGAAAUACGUUUCCUCCUUCUGGCCUUAAUCAGAAGGCUGAAAUAUUGUACUUAAUUUUAGUCCUUAUAAUCCAAUAAAACCGUUUCCUCUUUACAUUACAUUGUGUUGCUUCUCCUCACUACAAUUUGGGGAUUACGAAUUCCUUCCACAAUCCUCCAAUGUUUUAGCUUUAUCUAAUUUAUUGCUGGUGUGCAGCUUAUCUCCUUAUUUGCUGUACAAUCCUUCAUUGGUAAAAAGAAACAAAGAUUGGGUCGUUUGGCCGGUCACACGGAUUAUAAGAUUCCUAGCGAGACAUUAGUCUGACUUCACAGAUCGGUAGGGUGCCGGUGUGCGUGCAAAGAAGCGGUUUAAGUUUCUCGUGUUAUUAGAAUCCAUUUCAAAUUGAAACACGUUUUUAGAUCUGCAGGCUUGGCACUGAAGAGGCAUUUUACACCAGCCGGUAUCAUCACCAAUACUGUUCCCAAGGUUUGUUUAUUCUUUGUGGUUUUCUAUUUUCUGUUCAUGGGGAAAAAGCUCAACAUCUUCAGGAAACCACAAUUAAAGAUAAUAUAAAUCUAAGAACGUUUUGUUCUUUGGCGGCUCCGUGUUUAGAGAAUUGAGUUACGACCGAUCCUGUGAAAUCUAAUGAGUUAUUUUUAUUCUCUCUGUCACAGAGCGGAGCACCAGGAGGUCUUGGAAGAAUAUAAAGAGGGCAUUGCAAAGUUUGCAGGUGAGAAGAGGCCUGAGACCUUCAUUUUCUUCUCAAGCAAUGUAUUAUCAGUAUAUCUGGACAUGCCAGUGUGUCUCCACAGAUUUAUAUACUAUUAUUGUAGCAGUUUAGGAGAGGGAGAUAGACAUGGGACAAAGAGUUUCAAUCGAAAUCCCUGUCAGGUUUCCAGAUUUCUGGUUUCACGCGGUUUAGAAACAUUUCUUUCUGCUGUGACCAUUCUCGUUGUUGCUAGUUCUGUAACUCUUCAUUUCUGUUAUUCAUGAUCUGUUGGAACAUUUGAUUGCUUUUAAAUCUGUGUAACGCCAAAAAUCCGUAACUCCGUAGCCGAUAAUAAGCUUUGUAGGACUUCAUCUCCAGUUACCCUCAGCCGUCUGUGAGCUGUCGAAGGAUUUAUUUAUUUAGCAGUCAUUAUAUAGUGACCUUACCCAGAGCAUUUUACAAUUAUCAGAAGAGGAGAUUGAUAAUCAUACAGACAGAGGGGUAUGAUACACACUUAUCUCCUGGCUUCAAAUUCUUACAAAGCACUAUUCCUGUGCAAUAUGACUGUACACUAUUACUGUGCAGUGUGUGCACUAUUACUGUGCAGUGUGUGCACUAUUACUGUGCAGUGUGCGCACUAUUACAAUCUAGAGCUUGAUGUAAAUGUAGUGCCAGAGAUCUGUAUAGUGAGUACAUGUCAAUCUGUGCCUUACACUGUGCCGUUACAAUGCUCUGUGGUUGGAAGGUUUCGGUGUGCACACAAUAAGCAGUUUUCGCACAGGAGGUGAGGAUGUUUUGAUUUUUUUUGGCAGGUAUGCCCGACACUGUGCUGUAUUGCUCAGUUAACGACCCUGUGACCCCAAAUCCUGCAGGGUACAACACUAACAAGGUAAGUGAUUGGACACACAGAUACAGCUUCUAAAUGGUUUCUGUUCAGUGUGAGGGUUAAAGGGAAGGUUUAGAUCAGGGGUGCCCAAAAGGUAGAUCCCCAGAUGUUUUAAAACCACAGCUUCCAUGACGCUUUGCCAUUCUAACUGCAUUUCAAAGGCAUGCAAAGCAUUAUGGGAGUUGUUGUUUUACAACAUCCGGGGAUCUACCUUUUGGGCUCCCCUGGCUUAUAUGAUAAAACACAUAUUUUAUAAUAUUAAAUAUUAGGGAUCGACUGAUAUUGAUUUUUUUUUUUUUUUUAGAGCCGAUACUGAUAAUCUGUGAACUUUCAGGCCGAUAGCUGAUAACUUAACGAUAUUCUGUACAUUUACCAUUUUGAAAAAAUAAACAAUUUCUAAAGGUAAAUGCACAAAAUAUACAUGCCACAUGUAGUGGAUGCAGUGUGUUUAGACAGGGGAACUGUGUGUGUUUGUGUAGUGUGUAUAUAAUGAAUGCAGAGUGUGUUUGUGUAGUGUGUAUAGUGGAUGGAGUAUGUUUGUGUAGUGUGUGUGUGUAUAGUGGAUGCAGUGUGUUUGUGUAGUGUGUGUGUGUGUAUAGUGGAUGCAGUGUGUUUGUGUAGUGAGUGUAUAGUGAAUGCAGUGUGUGUAUAUUGAAUGCAGUGUGUUUGUUUAGUGUGUGUGUUUGUGUUUCUGUAGGUAUCUAAUUUGUAUAAAAUGGGGGGAGGAGGGGAGGCAUUUUUUAUUUUAACAUUUUUUAAAUAUUUCAAUUUUUUUGUGUCCCCCCUCCCUGCUUCUUACUUGGCCAGGGAGGGAGGAUAUGGCAUUCCCUGGUGGUCCGGUGGCAUGUACUGAGCAGUGGGAGGCCCGCAGCAAGCUCUUACUUACCUUCCCUUCAGCUCCCAGUGUAAAUCUCGCGGCCUGUGUGUCGCGCGGAGCGUUGCCAUGGUAACGCGUGGCAUCGCUCUGAUGGCCGUGGGACUCGGGUAGCUGAACGGAGCUGCUGGGAAGGUAAGUAAGAGCUUGCUUGGCCCCCAGGAUCGCCAAGUAUCGAUAAAGUAUCGAUAGCUUUAUUGGCCGAUGCCGAUAUUGCUGAAAAUACCGAAUAUCGGACGAUAAUCGGUCGAUCCCUAGUAACUAUAUGCAUUUACUCGUUUUAAUAUUUGCCUAAAUUCUACCUUUUUGUCAAAUUUCAAAUGUAUCGGAUUCCUUUCUGCAUUGUAAUUCUUCCCCCUUAGCCUCUGCUCCUCAUUUCUGAAAAUGUUUUGGUGAUUGGUGUGUUUGUCUCAGACCUUACUUUUCCUUACAGCCAGUAAGUCUCCUCCUCCACUAGUCUUCUCCUUUUAUCUGUGUAGUAUUUCAAAGCUGUGCCAACGGGAUAGGGACGCAUAAAAAGAGUGCAGUGAUUGGCCGUGCGUCAGUGUCUUGUCAGCAGCUCGGCUCAUACUGAUCUCUCAUUGGUUAAGCUGAGUUUAUACUCAGUGGAGUACGUCUUAUAAGGAAGUUGCUUUGUGACAAGAGGAGGUGCAGCUAGCGAGGCAGGUCAUGCUGCAGAGAGCGAAAUUAAGAGUUUUGAAUGUGGGAAAUUUUUUUUUUUUUUUUUUUUUUAAUGAAUGAGCAGUAAAAACCUAUCGAUUGCAAAUACAUAUUCAGUUGUGUUGGUGCCUGGAGUGUGUUUUUUGAAUCUUUUUUUCUAUUUAAUUCUUCCUUAUACUAGUUGCUGUGAAUCUCUUCUUUUAUAUUUCUUAUCAGAAUUUAAUAUAUAUCAAAAAGGCAUUUUUACAUGAAUUUCCAGAUGUACGUACAGCGGCCCGCUUCAAUCUCUGCGGUCUAUAACUGUGAUCUAGUUUGUGCAACCUGCAUAUUGUGCCAUUAUGUCUCAGAGAUCUGGUUUUACUUGGGAUCUUUUCAGUCCUAGAUGCUUUUCCCUUUACCCCCAGACCGUGUCCGUGUGGGGAGGAGGUGGACGCCUGGAACUGACAUCCCAAAAGUUCAUGGCUGCUCAGCGCGCACUGCGUGCAGACUGGUUCCAGUGUCUGUCUGAUGGCGAAGUGAUGACCGCCGACAACUCCAAGAAAAGGGCGAAGAAAUCUGUGGAUCGCUCACUUGUAUUCUUGGAUGAGUGUCUUCAACUGCUCGCUCAGAGUGAGGUAAGUACCCACUCAGUGGGGAUACCUCUCUCUAGGUGGCUACUAAGAAUGAGAGUAUGCACUCACAGAGGGCACAGGGUUCUAUCGACGAGCGACAGUGGGGAAAUACUCUGCUGUAUAUGUUUUAAUGUAGUUGGUGUUUUUAUUUAUCAUUUUGUGCUAAUGUUGAGGACUUCCUUGCAGGUUGGUUAAACCGACUUGGAGUUCCAUACUGACUUCCUGCUUAUUCCAGGUGCUAAAGCAAAGUGUGGUGAUCGGCGCCAUAGAAGGAGGUGACGUGCUGGAAGAAAGGCUGAGGUCAGCCCGGGAAACUGCCAAGAGGCCCGUUGGAGGUUUCUUGUUAGACGGCUUCCAGGGGAGUGCGAUGAGCAGGGAGACUAAGCUGAGCCUUAUUUCGUCCAUCACUGCAGCGUUACCCGAGGACAAGCCCAGGUCUCUCCCUUUGGGAUUAUCCUGCUGUAUAUUACCUGCUAUCUGCUCCACUGCAGGGAUCUCAAACUCUGACCCCGCAUGUGUUGAUAGCCUACAACUCCCAGAAUUCUUUAACCCCUUAAGGACCAAACUUCUGGAAUAAAAGGGAAUCAUGACAUGUCACACAUGUCAUGUGUCCUUAAGGGGUUAAGGCAGUGCAUAAGCAUCAUGGGAGUUGUUGGAGAUGUUUGCUCUACAGCCUCCACCCAGUUAGAUUCCUCCAUUCUUUCCACAAUGCAGCAUUUAACACUCGGCUGUAUUAUUAUUUUUCUCUCCUUUUUAUUUUUUAUUAUAAAUCUGCUAGUUAUAUACUGGGUUAUAAAAGGAAUAGGCCCAAUCCAGCCUAGGGUAUCCCUUAAAGGGAAAUGCAGAGUUUAAGGUAUAAAGUCCUGGUGAGGUUGUUUAUUAAAUACUCUAUUUACGUUAACCAUCUAUAUUACCAGUACUCCCAAACUGGAAGACCCGUGUGAGACUGUCAGAAUGUUACUGUAUAAAGUGUAACCAUGCACUCAGAUCUAUAGAAUGUUAACCCUUGCUGCCAGUAAUUAGCCUCCAUUUAACUCUCUGCGCAGGUUCAUGCAUGGUGUUGGCCGGCCGGACGAGCUGCUGGAUUGCAUUGAGAGAGGGGUGGACUUGUUUGACUGCAGUUUCCCUUAUGAAGUGACUGAGCGCGGCUGUGCCUUGUCUUUCAAGCACUGCUACAACCCGGACCCUGAGACUGCAGGUGGCGUUCAAAGGACAGAUUCAGAUUAUACCGCAGGGGCCGAUGGUAUUUGUAUGAGCAUUUUAUGAGGUUUCUAGGAUUAAAUAUCUGUCUUCUUACGCUGCCCAGCAGGAUAAGGAAAACCUAUUGAUACAUAGUGUGAUAGGAGGUAUUUCUAUAUGUGAAUGUAAAGAAUUAAUGAGUGUACGAUCACAGUGCUCAAUUGAUCACAUCUGCAUAUAUCUGUACCUUGCAUAAAUUGCAGAGUCGCUUAUUCUACAGAUCAGUGAUGGCAAAUGGGUUGCUCUCCAGCUUUCAUUAAACUUCAGAUUGUAAUUAAUUAAGAUCCGAAAUUCGGCAGAAAUUUGGCAAGCAGUGACUGAAGGACCAGAUCACUCAGAUAUUGCCUACAAUUUGCUGUUUUGCUGUUUUUAGAAUGAUUGCUGGAACUUGCAGUUUCACUGUAGUUGGAGAACCAUCUCCUAAUUACUGCAAAUCUACUCCUUAUUCUUUAAUCUACACAGAAAGAACACAGUGCUUCGAUUCUGACUGCCCCCUGGUAUUUUUAGUUGUUCCUCUGGUGGCAUUUGUUAGUUUGGGGUCUGAUAUGUGUUUGCCUCAUUUGACUAUUACUGCGGGUUUGGUUUUUGUUUUUUUGCCAUAGCGCGUUCUGUUUUAACUUCUCCUUUUCACCUUACUCCAUCUCACAUUUACAUGAUAUGUGUAAGUAACAUUUUUGCAAUUCAUUUUUUACAGUUUUGGACGAGAGUGAAACCCGUGAGGAGGAGAGUAACGGGAAUGUUGUAACAGAGGAUCCAGAGAUCGAUCGGUCUGGAAUGACGUCAUUUGAAAUUUGUUUAAAGGAGAAAAGGUAUCUUGUGUUUCUGUAAAAGCAUGGAUGUUCUCUCCAAAUAAGUGCAUCCUCUGUCUUCUGCUUUCAAAAUUUGCAUUGAGCCAAGAGUCGAACUGUAGCCAAAUGCUGUUCUUUUAGCAAAAUUUGGCCAUUCGCAAACAGCAGACUUGAUUAUUUGAACUGAAUUUCCACUACUGUUUUGCUACCAUUUGGUUACCUGCAGAAUCUCUGUAUAGGUUAAAUCAACUAUUAAUGUACACCAAGACAAUUACUCCCAUAUAUCAAAGCGUGCCCUACCCCUGAGGAACUCUAAUUCUGCUCAUAAUCCCCCCCUUUAAACUUUAAUCCCCUCAAAACCAACUCCCCUUAGAGACAUCUUCCGUUGAUGGUGAAUUCAAUGGACUUCAGAGGAUUUUUAUAAUCGAAACUGAAGAUAACUGACCUGGAUGAAAGUUAAUAGGCUCUUGAGACAUUUUGUACAGAGUUUAUAAUGAACAGUUUGUAUCUGUAUAAUAUUGUUUUUGUAUCUACAUAUUACAGUUCCAGUUCUGCUAUUGAACACUUCACUAAUAUGCAAACAAUGCUUAUAUUGAAACAAACAGUUUGGGUUGGUUGGACCUGCCCUCUCACAGAGCAGAUUCUGCAGCUUUUGCUAUUCAGUAAGAUUCAAAAACUUUGUGUUUAAUUACGGGAAUUGCUCCCAAAUGAGGAAAAGUGAAUUUUAUGUUAAACGUGAGUGUAUCAUAAGGACUAUGAUUCUAAAAGUGCAUUGCUGUUUAUUGACGAUAACCAUUUACGAUCAUUUAAGUUAUUCCAAAUUUGCUAUAAAACAGGUUCUUACCCUGUGAUGUUAGUACCCUCCGGCAAACAACAUGGCUGUAUAAAUUAGCCAGCCCUUUUAAAUCAUGAUCAUUGAUUUUUGCCCUGCUAAGCUACCUCUCUGGGAAAGGAGUUUCAGUGGUGUGUGAUUGUGUUUUUUUUGAGUGGGGUAAAAAAAACAAAUCCUUUCUGCUCAAGUUAUUGAAUCUAUUACUCUUAUAACCCUGGAUAUUUUUUGUCCUUUAACCAGGUUCCGUGAAGACUUCAAGCCAUUGCUGCAGGGCUGUACGUGUUACUGUUGCAGAAACCACACCAGGGCAUACGUGCACCACCUUCUAAUGUCCAAAGAGUUACUAGCCGGGAUCCUUCUCAUGAUCCACAACUUUCAGCUGUACUUUAGCUUCUUCCGGUCUGUGCGAGAUGCACUGAGAGACGGUAAACUGAGUGUCCUGAGUGAGAUCAUCCAGAGACAAGCUUCCUGGUCGAGAUUUUCCAGAGAUAAGCUUUUUGAGGACGAUAUUCCAGAGACAAGCUAG